AUGCUGCGACCUUGUGUCAUUUACGGUGGUGCGCCUACCAAGAACCAGCGCGAGCAGCUCGAGAUGGGCUGUGACAUCCUCAUCGCCACUCCGGGUCGCCUUAUGGACUUCAUGCAGAACGUCAAUCUGCUCUCGUUCAGCCGCCUCAAGUUCACUGUCAUCGAUGAGGCUGAUGAGCUGCUUUCCACUGGCUGGGAAGAGGCCAUGGAGAAGCUGUUCCAGGGUUCAGACCAGAACACAGAUGCUGACCAUACCUACCUUAUGUUCUCCGCCACAUUCCCCAAGCCUGCUCGUCGGCUUGCGAAAGAAUACAUGGAUGAUGAGUGCGUUCGUAUCAAGGUCGGCAGGGUUGGCAGCACCCAUCAGAACAUCACGCAGCAGGUCAUCUUCGCCGAAGAGAGCGCCAAGAGCCAGGCAUUGUUGGACUUGAUCUUCAGCGAGGGCCCUCAGCGUACCCUGGUAUUCACCAACUCCAAAGUCAAGUGUGACAUGGUCGACGACUAUCUCUACAACAAGGGCUUGCCUGUCACUUCCAUUCAUUCGGAUCGUACUCAGCGCGAACGUGAGGAUGCUCUUCGCUCCUUCCGUACCGGCCGCUGCCCCAUCCUGGUCGCUACAGGUGUCACUGCCCGUGGUCUCGAUGUCGCCAAUGUGAAACAUGUCAUCAACUACGACCUCCCUUCCACCAUGCAUGACGGUAUCACCGAGUACAUCCACCGCAUUGGUCGCACAGCGCGUAUUGGCAAUGAGGGCAAGGCCACCUCCUUCUACAACGACCGCAACGAAGAUAUUGGUCCAGACCUAUGCAAGAUCCUCAUCGAGUCGAAACAAUCCAUCCCAGAUUUUCUCCAAGAGCACAUGCCCGAGGACCCUACCACUAUCGACUGGCAUGACGGCACCGACGACGAGUCUGAUGACAGCCUUGGUGGUGGACUUGGUGGCGGCUUUGGCGGUGACGCUGGCGGUUUCGAUGCUGAUGCUGGCUUUGGUGGAGAGUCUGCCGCUGACACGGGUUUCGGUGGAGAUGGUGGUGGCUUUGGUGAUGGAGGCUUCUCUGCUGAUGCCGACGACAAGGUGGCUGCUUGCACAGCGCUUGUCCAAAUACCGCGAUUCGUUCCUCUCUCAAUCCUACACGUCACAUCGCCUAAGGGGCCGCAUCCAUUUCUUGUAUCGCUACCAAGUCGAAGGGGCAACCUCAUCUACAUCUACGUCUUUGUGCCACCGAAACCGGUCGAUCUUGAGGGCAAUGGCGAUCAGGACAGAAAAGAGACUGGGGAAUGGCGUGUGCCUGUGGUGCUGGAUUUUCAUGGCGGAGGCUUCAUAAUGGGAUCGCCGUUAGAGCAAGCGCCAUACGCUUCAAUGAUGUCUCGCGAGCUCGGGGCCGUCGUCAUCAGCGUGUCGUAUCGCAUCGGACCCUUUCACCAGUUCCCUGCGGCAAUCCACGACGCCGAAGACGUUCUAUCAGCAAUACUCGACACUAGUGGAGUUUCGAAAGCCGGCAAGGUCCUUAGAGAGGAAAUUCAGCGAUACUACUCUAUAGUACAGUCGGACGCGCUGGAAAAGAAAAAGGAACAUACUGCUCCGCACCUCGAGCACUGCAAGACCAUCACUCUCGAUCCUACACGUCUCGCCAUCUCGGGCUUCUCGGCAGGAGGAAACAUUGCUUUGAACAUGGCUAUAUCAGUGCCGCCUUGUCCUGAGCUUGGCAUGUCGACUACAUUCGGCCCUCAGUCGCGCACACAUGGCCCUGCACCCGCCGAUACCAUGUCACCCAGAUUGCCCGAAAACCGCAGAGCCACGAUACUAGACGAUCCCUUCGAAUCGUGGCCGUGUCUCUUACCUCCUCCUCAAGCGCAGCCCCGCAUGCUGCCACUGCUCCUGUUCUACCCUUCGCUAGAUGCACGACUACUCCCACACGAGCGCCCCAUGAAGCCUCUGCCCAACGCGCUGCGACCCGACGAUCACCACAAACAGAAGCCGAAAGCACCAGGGCUGUUUUCAAUCAUGGGUCCGACAUACCUCCCGCGCAAACUGCGACCGCAUCCACGAGCUAGUCCCGGCUUGAAUGACCCCGCACAUAUCCAGAAGAAUGCUGCCAUCCUCCUCGUCUUGCCUGAAAAGGACAGCUUAGCAGUGCAAAGUGAUGUCUGGGUAGACAAGAUGAACAACAAUGAUUGGAAUGGUCCUGUGCAUUUUGGCGACGGACGAGAGGGCGACUGGGAUGGACACCACGGUGGACAAGCCGGAUCUUCCAAUGUCCCCAGUACGAAGAACGGAGGCAUGGAAGUUUGGCAUGCCCCUGGUUGCAGACACGGUUGGACACAAUUUCCGGAUACGUUUGUGCCUCAGCAUGAGCGCAACGAGAGAGAAUUGGUGUUUGCGAGGACAUUGGAUUUUGUCAAAGAUAACUGGAAGAAGGAGUUGCUGGUGGAAAGGCGACAAUUGGGGAAUCAGAUUCAAGAGCUGAGGCCGUUGAGCAUACCUAAUUCGAACGAGUAA